ACUAAACCUUCUAAUUAAUUUUUUAACAAUACGUCUAUAGUGAAAACAGAGUUAUUUGUAUCUUUUUUUUUGGAAGUUUUUAUAUAUUUUAAAAGACUAGAUAAUAGUAUUUCAGAUAAAUAUAUAGUUAUAUAGUUUUGCAGCAGUAGUUACUUCAAUUGAAGGAAUGGCGUUAUUACUUAAAAGGUUUUACGAGGGAUACUUUUGGUUAAUGAGUGAAGUAGCUGAUCCCAGAGCUAAUGACUAUUUCCUCAUGAGCUCUCCGAUACCCACCAUUCUUAUAAUAAUACUCUGGUUCAAGUUCAUACUGCACUGGGGUCCAGAUUACAUGAAGAAUCGGCAACCUUUUGACCUCAAAAAAAUUAUGAUUAUUUAUAACGUUAUACAGGUUAUUUUAAACGUUUAUAUUGUAUACUAUGUAUAUCUAGCAAGAAACGUGAUCAACUGGCGGUGUGGGGAAAUUGAUUAUUCCAACAGUUACUGGGGUCGGAAAUUUCUUUCUAUAGCUCAUCUGUACUAUAUGUUAAAAAUUUUGGACUUAAUAGAUACGGUAUUCUUUGUUUUAAGAAAAAAAACUUCUCAUAUAAGCUUUCUCCAUACCUACCACCAUUUUGGUAUGGUAAUAUUGGCGUGGGUGGGUACGAAGUUCGUUGGGGGUGGCCACUCUUACUUCCUUGGUAUGGCUAAUGCUAUAGUCCAUACUAUUUUGUAUUGUUAUUAUUUACUUACCUCGUAUGAUAGUCGAUAUGGAAAGCUUAUUUGGCUUAAGAAGUUCAUUACUCAAGCCCAAUUGUUACAGUUUGCCUUUUUAAUUCUUUCCUACGGACAACUGCUAUUUCAGAACGACUGUAAAUAUCCGAAAAUCGUAUCGUUUUUCUUUGUGCCCCAAAACAUUUUUAUGAUUAUUUUGUUUGGGGACUUUUAUGUUAGGAACUAUAUUUUAGAGCCGAGACGGAAAAAACGUCAAGCUGCUGCCAAAGAGAUGGAGAUUAGAAAAAACUACAAUAAAAGUUUUUAAUCAAUAAAAUGGAGUAAAAUUAACUAAAACAUACUAAUAAGAGUUUUGUAAUGUUUUGAAACAAACAAUUAUAAAAAAGAUAAGUCGCCAAAAGUAGAAUAACUUUCCAAUAAGUCAUAUUUUAGCAACAAAUGGUUUAUAAUAGGCCAUAUUGGCUAGUAUAGAAUUAACAUUCAUUAGUACCGCUCAGAAUGCAAAAUAUUUAAAUUUUUUAGUAAAAAUUGAAUUGUUUGUAUCCACUUUGCCUGUUAGCCAAAGACUUUUAUUUAAUUUUUAUUGUGUAAUAUACAAGCCAAUGUAUUUCUAAAACUAAUUUUAUACAACAAAAAUUAUCUUUUCGUUAAAAAUAGGACUUUAUCACACAACUGAGAGGCCUUACCGGACUAAUAUUCAGCCUUUUUUUAGCUUAUUUGCAGAUGUUGAUGUCAAUUUUGCUUAAGCAUAUAAUGAUUUCGAUUUUAGGAUUUUUAUUUUAUUAGUCAGAUAGUACUAUUAUUUUAUACUUAAAAAAAUAUUUAAUACAUCUUAUGAACAAAAA